CUUCGCCUUGUUGUGGUGUGGCGCCCCACCUCUCAUCUCUGACCUCUCCUUUCUCUCCCCCUCGUCUUCGGCUCGGCGGCCGCCUCCCCCCUUCCCCAAGCCGCCGCCGCCGCCAUGGCCACGAAGGGACCCGGGCUCUUCUCCGACAUCGGCAAGAGGGCCAAGGAUCUGCUCACGAAGGACUACACCUACGACCAGAAGCUGACCGUCUCCACCGUCAGCUCCUCCGGAGUGGGCCUCACUUCCACAGCUGUGAAGAAAGGAGGGCUUUAUACUCUUGAUGUUAACUCAGUUUACAAGUACAAGAACACUAACGUUGAUAUCAAAGUGGACACAGAAUCCAACAUCUCUACUACUUUGACUGUGUUUGAUGUCCUUCCAUCCACAAAGCUUGUGACAAGUGUCAAGCUGCCUGACUACAAUUCUGGAAAGGUGGAGGUGCAAUACUUCCAUGAGAAUGCAAGUUUCGCCACUGCUGUUGGCAUGAAGCCCUCUCCUGUGGUUGAAUUUUCUGGAACAGCUGGUGCUCAAGGAAUUGCCUUUGGUGCAGAAGCUGGGUUUGACACUGCUACAGGAAAAUUUACCAAGUACAGUGCUGGCAUAGGUGUAACCAAGCCAGACUAUCAUGCUGCAAUUGUUCUGGCGGACAAAGGUGACACCAUUAAGGUGUCUGGUGUAUAUCACCUUGAUGAUAAGAAGAAAACAUCUGCUGUGGCUGAAUUAACCCGCAGGCUCUCAGCAAAUGAGAACACUCUCACUGUUGGUGGUCUGUACACGGUUGACCCCCAGACUUCUGUGAAGGCAAGGCUCAACAACACUGGAAAGCUUGCUGCUCUUCUCCAGCAUGAGGUUAAACCAAAGUCACUUUUGACAAUCUCUGGUGAAUUCGACACCAAGGCCUUGGACAGACCCCCCAAGUUUGGUCUGGCACUUGCACUCAAGCCCUGAUGGCAUGGGCUGUGCUUGAUGGCUGUUGAAUUCUGAAUUCUUUGGUUGUUUUGCAACGCAAUGGCCAAUAAUUUGUUCCGCAGACAUGUUACUUCAAUAUUUCAAGUUUUGCUGCUCUGUGGGCAGGAGCCACUGGGUGUUUUACAUGAUUUUAUCUGUCACUUUUGUUGAUGAAAGCAUAGUACUGUUA